AUGCCACCUCCAACUCUGAGUGCAGCCGACAGGCUGUUAUCCUUUUACAAAGACAGUGAGCUGCUGGCGCGCAGCGGAACGCUAGCGUCUGUCAAGUCAUUCGGGAGCCAAGCCAGUGCCGCGCCUUCCAUGGCCGUUGGCGGGGCAACCGACAACCGAUUUGGGUCCCGGAACGGGCGGCCUGACGUGACCGAUGUUGUGAUUGAUCCGUACGAGCUGAACUCCUCCGACAUGGAAUCGUCAUCAGAUUCCGGGUUCGAAUCCGACGGGCUGCAGCAGCCACUGUCGGAACCCGCCGAAGACGCGGACUGGACAGCGUCGGGGUACGGCGAUUCGGAAGUGUACGACUAUGAUGGUGACGGUAAUUUGGAGAGCCCUGCUGGUGGCGGCGGUAGCGUCGCGGCGACGCCGAGCAGACAGCUGCGUGGGGGCGCCGCCGCCGCUGUUAAUGCCCGGUCACGUACGGGCAGCGUCGCCGGCGGCAGCCGCGCCGUCAGCGUCCGGUCGGUUGCCAUAAGCAGCGUCGCCGGCGUCGACGCCUUCUCGACGGGGGAGUACCGUACGACACGGUCCCGGGGAGGCUACGCUGCAAAUUCAAUUCGGAGUCGAUUCGGCAUGCCCAGCGGUGGCGGCGGCGGCACAGUCUCCCCGUCUCUGAAAUCGAUACUCGGCGGCGGCGGCGGCGGCAGCAGUACUGGCGGCGGCCGGGACUUGCUGUCGUUCAAGAGGAGGGCUGGCGCCGUCGCUGCCGCGGCCGCUGGUGGCGUUCGGGGGUUGGCUGGGUCGGUGAAAUCGCGCGCGAGCACCCGGCACAGCGGCGGUGCCGGCGGCGGUGCCGUCAGCCGCGGCGUCGUACAGUCUUCCUUCAAGUCCCUUGCCAGCAGCGGCCCCGGCGGCAUGCCAUCCGUCGCAGGAUCCACCAUCAGCCGGAUUACCGUUGGAAGGACUGGCGACACACCAAAGAAAAACCGCCUCAGCGGCAAGAUUGUACGGCGGCGGCUGCUCCGGCGGCGUGGCUGGGACUUUGCCGUGACCCCUGGGGAGGUCGAUUUCCAGCUGGGUCGACAGCUGCCGCAUGUGCUGACACGAGCGCAGCCCACUGUCAACUCGGAGGAUGAAGGGGAGGCGGAGGGCAAUGGCAACAGCGACAGCGGCGACGAUGACGGUUCGCUAUCCGCGGGAGGAGAUGAGCCGCCCCCGGGGCCGGUGCUGGAAGCGAUCAAGACCUACGCCAAGGAACGAGCCCCCGAGGUGAUGUGGUCGGAGAGGCUGCGGGCCGCCAAGAUGCAGGCGAGAACCACGGGUCAGACAGUAACCGUCAGAGGGCGACUGGACGGAAAGAGGCGGAGGGACCUGGCCCGGAAGAUUCAAAAGUGGGACAACAAGGAGUGGUUUUCCGUACGCAAGCGCACUCCUCCCGCCCCCCCGCUCCAUCCCGCCGUAGCCCGCGUUAUUGAGCAGUGGUUCGCCCUGGUGGAUGACGACGGAAGCGGCACAUUGGACCAUGCUGAGCUUCUCGCGGCCUUGAGGGCAUCCCAGGUACCCGUGUCUCCGGACAACAUCAACGAGAUGAUUAACCUGAUGGAUAUGGACGGUGAUGGAGUCAUAAAUUGGAAGGAAUUUGAGACAUUCUUUAUGUACGAGUUCGCUGCCGGCAAGAACCUUCUAUCCGGGGAGUACGUGUUGCCCAGCGGCGUUGCCCUGCCCUUCGGUGUCAUGAUCGCCAAACUGAAGAGGGCUAAGCUGCUGAGCGACCUGACACAGGGUGGCGCCGCGAGAGCUAAGUGGAUGCAAGUGGCGGAUAAUCCCGUGGAGAUGGAGGAUGAGCUGGGUAUGAUGGCGGCGGUGGAGCUGGCAAUGGAGGAAGUGCAUAACCCUGCGCUGUCCCAGCGACGUCUUCGCGCUGCCAAGGCACUGAACCGUCUGCCCCCCCACCUGCGAACCAAGUCCAUGGGCCGACAUCUAGAGCGGCACCCAGAGAUUGCGGAUAAGCUGCUCCGAGCUAGCUCCAUCACCCCCCUGCUGCUGGGGUCAAUGAAACGAUGCGGCUCAUCCACGUCCCAGGGAGGAAGGAAUGUGGAUCUCAACGUGGCCGCGGCCCUGGCGGCGGGUCUGGAGUGGCCGGUCAGUGGUGCCAACUUCUACAACCGCCGCGCCCGUACAAUUCUCCGGGCUAUAUGUCAGCGGCCUGCGGAGACGCUCCUGAAGAACCAGACCGCCGCCGCCGCCAAGCUGGCGGCUGGCCUUCUGAGCAGCAUGAGAAUGUCCAGGGGCAGGAGCCGGCGAAGAGGUAGCGACGAUGACGAUAAUAGCGACGGCGGGGGAAGCGGUGGCGGCGGUCGUGCAAGAAGGCGGAGGCCUGGCUUAAACAGGAGCACAAACUCCACCGCGCGAAACGGCGGCAAGGCUGUAUUACGGAAGCGACUCCGCCGCCGCCGCCGCCACUGGUUCCAGCUGCGAGUGACGGCGGCGACGAGCUCCUGGCCUUUAGGUUCGGUGGAUACGCCAUCUAGGGCUGGCGGCGGCGGCGGCGGCGAAAGUUUGGGGACACCCUUGAGUGGAGCCCCUUGGGCGCUUGGAACCCCCGGUACGGCACCGGCGGUGGAGGGAGGCAAGCCCCGCAAGCCCCGCCGGCGGAUGCGCUUCGAGGAUGAACAGGAUGCGGCAGAGACACCGACGGAUGCCGGUGCCGACGCGGAUAAGUCGACGCCAACGCCAGCGGGGGCGGCGGCGGCGGCGGCGGCGGGACCCGGCAUGCUGGCGGCGGAGCCGUCGAACCUGUCGAUAAACUCGUCCCUCGCCGGAGCAACCGCCGGCGGCAGCGUCGGCGGCAACGCCACCGCAGCGGCGACGCCGCCGCUGCUCAGAAGCGCCUUGUCGCACCCCACGGUAAUGCCGGCGAUGUACGGCACCUCUGGCGGAGAUACCGGCAGUGUCAGGGAGGUUUCAACGGAGGACGGCAACGGCGACGACAGGAGUAGCCCGGCCGUCGUCGUGACUGUCGCUGGCCGUACAUUUCCGUUACGAUCCAGUUUAGCAUCGGUGGAACUGAGCGGCCCAGAUUCCUCUAGAACAUCUGUUUCGGAGCUGCCGUCGCUGCCGCUGCAGCCGCCGGCGGCGGCGUUGGCAGCGGUGGGUACGGCGGCGGUUGGCGCUAACGAGCACCACGGCGCUCGGAAUCAUUACAGUGCGCGUGUGUUGGAGCUGCCAGGGGCAGCAUCGCCCGCCGGCGGUGUACGGUACUGGCCUGCCGUACCUGGCGCCAGUAGUGGCGCGUCGCCGCUGCCGCUGCCGCGCUCCUCCGUCACCAGCGUAACGUACGACGAGGAGAUGCGGACGCCGUUUCGUCAGAUCGGCGGUGGCGGCGGCGGCGGCGGCGGUCAUGUGCCGUACCGCGACAGCGAAGUGGACGUACUUGAUGCGGAUGAGGCGCGAGAACUUAUGGCGGCUCUGACUUUGGACUUUCGAAAAGACGAGGCCUUGUACGACCUUCACGGGGGCCAUGUGGCGGUGCGCCCGUCGACGAGCCACUUCCGAGCGGCGCUUGCAAAGAUCCGUACGGAAGCCUCAUCGCUGUUGCAGUCGUACAGUCUGCCGUCGUAUCCGGCUUACAGCGGCGGUGCUGCCAGCGCCGCCGCCGCGCCGUCGUCGUCGUCGACGGCGGCGGCGGCGGCGGCGGUGGCCCCCCCGGUAGUGGCCGUAGCACUGCAUCCGCGGCCAGCGUCACCGCCGCCCACAGGCCCUUCUUUUUUGACGGCAACGCUGUCGGGUACGACAGCGGCGGCGGCGGCGGCGGCGGGGCCUAUGCCCCGUGGCCAUGCAAGGACCAGUAUCGGCGGUGGCGGCAGCGGUGGUGCCGGCGCCAGCAUGGAUUCUGGCGGCGGCACAAGUACGACAAAUACGCGGGCCCGCGACGGCGGGCGAUCCGUAAAGCAGUUGGCUACCCGCCACCGCAGCUUGCUCAUUAGCGGCGUGCACUUGCGGUCCCUCGCCUCUGCGGUACUAACGGCACCGGGCGCACCGGGACCGACUGCCGCCAAAACCGGCGCCGCCGGCCCCACCGCCGCCAGGCGGCGGCGGCCUUCUGCCCCCGGAUGCCGUACGAAGCCCUUCCCACAGCAAGUCGUCGCCUUGCGCGGGCCAUCGUACACCUCGCUGCAACUAUCCGUGACGGGAGCGCCAUUUGCCGGAGACAUGCCGUACGCGCCCGGCAUCUGCGUCAGCAGCGGCGGCUCUGCCGCCGCCGUAACGACCCGCGGGCCGCAUCGUCCUGGGCGCAUUAGCCCGGUGGCUUCCGUGGCGCCGAUGCCGUCGACGCAGCUCCCGGAGUCAUGGGACGCCCACGUCGCCGCUAUGCUGCAGCGCCGUACGGAAACUGAGUUGGCUGCCGUACAGCGCGCCCACAGGAGCGUUCACACGCCGCGCGACGGCGCUGCAUCGCCCACCGGACGGGAAAGGUCCCCCGACGUCGGCAACCACAGGCGUACUGGCGGCGGCGGCGGCGGUGGCGGAGACGCUGUCAGCGGCUCCAGCACUGGGAUUGGCGACACCGAUGUUCCGUACACUAGCGUACUGAUGGGCCCUUCCGGUACGGCACUCCCAGAUUUUGUACCAGUGCCUGGCGUGCGGCCCCCGCUGCAGAGCCGUUACGUCCCGAAGCGUCUGCCCGAGGAAGCGGGAGAGCAGGGGACGAUGGCGGCGGCAGCGGCGGCGGCGGAGUUGCCGCAACCGUCAGGUGCUUUGGGUGGCGGCGACGGCGGCGCGGGCGGCGGUGGCGGCGGCACCGCCGCAGGCACGUCCCAUCCGAAUAUUAAUAGGAGUAGUGCUGUCGAUAAGGAGGUGGCGAAGCUGCGGAGAUGCCGGCAUGUUCUGAGCUGCGGCUUGACAGAUCCGGCGCUGCCGCUGCUAAGUGUGGACGAGGCGCUUAUGAUGUCCGGCUUUGGCAAGCCUCAGACGCCGGCACUGGCCAGAAUCGAGCGAGCAGCGGGUCGUGUUCCGCUUAGCAACGGUACGGCAACAACUCGUCGUAAUAUUGAGCACGGCGCACUGGCCGUCGACCCGGCGGCGGGUCCGGCCAGUCCGCGCGGCGGCGGCGGCGGUGGCGGCGGCAGCGGCAGCAGCUUCACGUUGCCGGCGCCGUCGCGUCUGAAGCUCAACGGGCCGCAUCUGCAACUUCAGAUCCACCAGCACCAGAACGUUCCGCCGCCGCCGCCGCCGCCGCCGCCAGCCCCGGGGUCGCCGAGGAGUUUGGCGCCGGUGACGACCCGGGGCAGCGCCAGCGGAGGCGCCUCACAGGCCGCUGAAGCGACGGGGACCCUUGCCCGCGGCAGCGGCAGCGGCGGCGCCGCCGCAGCGGCGACGUCAGCGCCGGCGGGGCACACGGGGGACACAUCAGGUGCAAAAUUUACUGCCUCGAAGUCCGCUCGUGUACGACAAGCAAUGACGGAGUCUCUACCGGCAUUGCCGAUGCGAAUGCACUCGCAAGGGAACUUGGCGUUGCAGCAUCACAACGCCAAGGGAGGCGCCGGCGGCGGCGGCGGCGGCGGCACCGCCGCCACCGCUACCGGUGACGGCGGCAGCCCCAGGCCGCCGCCCCAUGGCACGUCCUCCCGAGCCCUCAGCAACGGCUCUGGUAUUGCCGUACAAGGUGGCGGCAGUGGCGGAGAUCGGGACCGAAUCAUGUUGCCUCAUCCGCCGCUGCCCAGGGAGCACUCGUCGUCGCAAACGGCGGCGGCGGCAGCACAGCGGCGGGCGGCCUUGGUGGCGGAGCCGUUGGCGGCGCCAUCUUUAUCGUCAAGGUUGUUGGCGCCGUCCUUAUCAGCGCCGCUGUCGUCGCCGCCGCCGCCGCCGGCACUGCCUCCAGCAGCGACGUUGUUCGCGCCGGCGCCGCCAGCAGCCCCACUCGUCGCGCCAGUCACGUGUUUAACCGACUUACCUGACAUAGUGACCUUGUUGUCGACCCUCUGCUGGCGGAGCCCCUGAACUUCCCCUUCCCCGAUGUUUACCUCCACCCCCCCGGGGGGACACCCUCAUCCUCAUCAUCCUCAUCGCACACAUAAAUGUGCGUUGUAGUGACUUUUUCGGGUGUGUGUUCAGAACCCACAACCACCAGCGCCUAAGCGUAUUUGCUAUAUGUCUGGGGCCAUGUUUAUGUAUGUAUGUAUGUAUGUAUGUACGUGUGUGUAUGAUAAUGUGCAUCUGUAAGUAUCAGACAG